CUAAUUCUUUACAGAAAUAUGAAUCCUUCUCAGAAGCGACCAGUUGUCUAUGCAGGUGAUGUUGUUGUUGAUCAUGCUGCUGCAAAUUCAGAACCUGUUGGAGUUUCUCUCGGAGAAGAUCAUGUUCCUACACCUCGUGAGAAAGUGCAUGAGGUCUUGCGUGUUUUCAAAGAAGUGUUCACACAGUUGGAUCGAGAGAAACAAGCUAGGCGCGGUGGAGAUUUAUACGAGGCGACAUCUCGAAUAGACCUCAAAACACAAGUUUUCUUAGAGAAAGAAGGCAAACAUGUGAACACACCAAACAGAAUUGGACAAGUUCCUGGAAUCGAAGUUGGGGAUGAGUUCCAGUACAAGGCUGAGCUUCGUGUCAUCGGGCUUCAUUUCAGGACCAUGUCCGGGAUCGACUAUGUGGAAGUUGAAGGUGUGAAGUUGGCGACAAGCAUCGUUUCGUCGGAAAGAUAUGAUUUUGAUGAUAAGUUUGAUGCUGAUGUUGUGAUAUAUACUGGUGAAGGAGGAAACGUGAUUAACAAGGAAAAGAAUGCUGAAGAUCAGAAGAUGAUAAAGGGCAAUUUAGCAUUAGCUAACAGCAUGAGGCAUAAGAGGGAAGUGAGAGUGAUACGUGGAGACGAGAGAUGGGAUGGUAAAGGGAAGCGUUAUGUGUAUGUUGGAUUGUAUUUAGUUGAUAAGUACUGGUUGGAGAAAGGAGCUAGUGGUAAGAGUGUGUACAAGUUUAAGCUUUGUAGAAUUCCUGGUCAACCUCCGCUAACUUGAGAACCAUAUUUGAAGGAACUAUCAAAUAAAUGAAAAACUAUAAUGUAUAACUAAUAAAUGAAAGUAUUAUUUAAUAAA